AUGAAGUCAGCUUCCCUCUGGUCACUCCUUCCUUCGGUGCUACUCGCAACCUCCACAAUCGCUGGCCUCUCUCUCGCCGAUAUCAAAAAGGUCACCACCCUUCCCAAUGUCGCCAACAAGUUUAUUGUCGAAUUGGAAGACAUUGCGAAUAUCCCAAACAAACGCUCCUUUCCACGCUCUUUAGACGCUAUUUAUUCAUCUUUGAGGGAACGAAACGUAGAAUUCGAAGUUACCAAAGAGUUCGACACGGAAGGCAUUUUUGUUGGAGCAUCUGUUGUUCUUAAUGAUGUUGCAGCUAUCGAGAAUACUCCUGGUAUCAAAGCCAUUCGCCCCGUCAGGUCGUUCAAGAUACCCCAACUUGCCAAGAAGCAUGUCCUGACUGGCAAGGACGACCCUCAACUCCCUCCUAAUCCUCUCUCGACCCACCUUUUGACCGGAGUCGACAAACUACACGCUCAAGGAAUCAAAGGAGCCGGUAUCAAAAUCGGAAUCCUUGACACCGGAAUUGACUACAACCAUCCCACUCUUGGAGGAGGUAUUGGAAAGGACCGUCUGGUCAUUGGAGGCUAUGAUUUCGUUGGGGAUGAAUAUGAUGGACGCAAUACCCCUGUCCCCGACUCUGAUCCUCUUGACGAAUGCCAAGGCCACGGAACACACGUUGCUGGCAUUAUCUCCGCCCUGCCUGGAAAUGAUUUCAACAUCGCUGGCGUUGCUUAUGAAGCCAAAAUAAACGCGUACAGAGUUUUUGGAUGCGUUGGUUCUGUUACUGAAGAUGUUCUCGUCGACGCUCUAAUUCGGGGUUACAAGGAUGGAAAUGAUGUUUUGAACUUGUCUCUGGGAGGGGCAGAUGGCUGGGCUGCAUCUUCAAGUGCUGUUGUUUCGAGCAGGUUGGCUAACCUUGGAAUAAUUGUUGCUAUCGCAGCUGGAAAUGAUGGAGAAGAGGGAUCAUGGUACUCUUCCAGUCCUGGAAACGCCCACGACGCAAUCUCAGUCGCAAGCAUUGAGAACACCGUCGUACCCCUCCAAACCGCCACUGUCCACGGUGUAACCCAUGAUCCCAUCACUUACUUUGCCACCCUUCCUUUUGCAGUUGACGGAAUCCUGCCAGUGUAUGCUACUUCCAACGACACAACGAUCGCCGACGAUGCCUGUACUCGUCUCCCCGAUAGUACUCCUGAUCUUUCUGAUAAGAUUGUGAUUGUUCGUCGUGGAACAUGCAGCUUUGUCCAAAAGUUGAACAAUAUCGCAGCCAAAGGAGCCAAAGUCGCGUUAAUCUACGAUAAUGGCACUGGCUUCGCUGGUAUCUCCGUUGGCAACUUCAAAGCAACUCUUAUUCAAGCCGCUGAUGGAGAAUUCCUCGUUCAACAAUUUGCAUCCGGAGUUCCAGUCGCAUUGUCCUUCCCUCAAUCCGGCGGUUCUAUCAACUUCCCUAAUGCUCGUGGAGGUCUUGUAUCCACAUUCUCUACAUAUGGUCCUUCCAACGACUUCCACUUCAAGCCUGCUAUUGCUGCUCCUGGCGGAAACAUUAUCUCGACGAUGCCUCUCGCACUCGGUGGCUUCGCUGUCCUUUCCGGAACGUCAAUGGCUACUCCCUUCGUUGCUGGUGUCUCCGGUCUUCUCCUUUCUGCCAAAGGCAAAUCGCCUGCCGUUGCAAAGUCUGCACGCACCUUGUUCGAGACCACCGCUAGCAAGGUUCCUUCCAGCCUCACUGAUGGAGACCCUUGGCAUACAGCCACUCAGACUGGUGCUGGACUGAUUCAGGCCUAUAACGCUAUUCAUGCUCAGACUAUCGUGUCUCCUGGAGAACUCAUUCUCAACGAUACUGCCAACUUUAAGGGACUCCAUACUUUCACUGUAAGAAACACUGGAAAAUCUGCUAAGCAGUACAGGUUGAACCAUUCUCCUGCUGGUACCGCCUUGACUAUUCGACCUGGUACCAUAUUCCCUGCGACAGGUCCUGUACCCCUCUCAACCAAAGCUGCUAGCGUUUCCAUCGUCCCAUCAUCCUUCACCCUCCGGCCCGGCCAAAGCCAAACCGUUAUUGCCAGUUUCAGACCUCCCACCGGCCUUGAUGCCUCGACCUACCCCGUAUACAGUGGAUUCAUUGAUGUCGUCAGUGGCUCUGAGAACUAUCACGUUUCCUAUCUUGGUCUCCUCGGAAGCUUGAAGAACAAACAAGUCGUUGAUAACACCGACGCAUUCUUUGGCUUCAAACUUCCUGCUGUCCUCGAUGCUACAGGUGACAUUCAAACUGCGGCGACUAAUUAUACUUUCGUCGAUGGAGACUUCCCGUCUGUGUUGUGGCGUCUUGUCUUCGGAACGCCUGCCUUGCGCAUCGACCUUGUAGAUCCUGCAAUCAACCUUGUCCCCACUUUGGGCGCGCGUGGUUUCCGAGGUGGUCCCUUCUUCACUUUCCCCCACAAAAACAAAGCUGGCUCCUAUGCCCGCGUCAAAGUCGUUGGUUCCCUUGCUUCCUUUGACUAUAUCACCCGCUUGAACGAGGGUUCGGACCCCUACAGUCUCCUUAACAUCGAAGAACCCGUCUUCGCUAACGGAACGGCUGUGCCAAGCGGCGCGUACCGAAUUCUCCUACGUGCCCUUAGGGUCACUGGUGAUGCGACCAGGCAAGAGGACUACGAAUCAUGGUUGAGCCCUGUCAUUGGCUUCCAGCCUUAA